AUGUUGUGGCUGCUCUUUUUCUUGGUGACUGCCAUUCAUGGUGAACUCUGUCAACCAGAUGCAGAAAAUGCUUUUAAAGUGAGACUUAGCAUCAGAACCGCUCUGGGAGAUAAAGCAUAUGCCUGGGAUACAAAUGAAGAAUAUCUCUUCAAAGCAAUGGUGGCUUUCUCCAUGAGGAAAGUUCCCAACAGAGAAACAACAGAAAUUUCCCAUGUCUUACUUUGCAACGUAACCCAGAGGGUGUCAUUCUGGUUUGUGGUUACAGAUCCUACGAAAACCUACACACUUCCUGCUGAUGAGAUACAGUCAGCCAUAAGAAUGAAUAGGAACCGGAUCAACAAUGCCUUCUCUUUGAAUGACCAGACUCUCGAAUUUUUAAAAAUUCCUUCCACUCUUGCACCACCUACUGACCCAUCUGUGCCCGUCUGGAUUAUUAUAUUCGGUGUGGUAUUUUGUAUCGUCAUAGUUGCAAUCACACUAUUGGUUUUAUCAGGAAUCUGGCAGCGUAGAAGGAAGAACAAAGGACCAUCUGAAGUAGAUGACACUGAAGAUAAGAGUGAAAACACAAUCACAAUUGAAAAUGGCAUCCCCUGUGACCCCUUCGAUACGAAGGGAUGGCACAUUAAUGACACUUUCAUGCCAGAGGAUGAGCGGCUCACCCCUCUUUGA